AUGUGUAUUUUGUAUGUAUGCUUAAAAGAAGAGAUUUCUUUAGAAACAAUAACAUUUAUAAAUAAAGAGUUGUACUCUUCUACCAUUAAGAAUUUUCAAGUCUAUGGAAGUGUAGUUUAUCCAACCAAAGAAUGGGAACUUUUGGGUAAUUUUUAUGCUGAAGAUUCUAAUGAAUGGUAGAUUUUCAAUUUAGAGUAACGAUUCCUUAGAUAUUUAAAAAUACACAUACUAGAUUUUCAUAGUGCAGAAUUCCAUUGCACUUUAACCCAAAUUAGAGUGUUUGGACAAACUGUUAUAGGCGAUUUGAUUGAUUCACACAAGAGGGAUCAAAAGGUCACUAAACCAGAAUCUAAGACUGCAAACUCAACAUAAGAGUAAUAAGAAAUUAAUUUAAAAGAGGUUUCAGAAGAGGAGGAUCGAUCUAAAAUUGAUACAUGUUCAGUUGUUGAUUAUUUUUACCACACUUAACCUACUAAAAGAGUUGAAACUUAAUAUAUAAAUGUAUUGCCUUAUGAAUCAAGACAAUCACUCUUCAAAGUGACUGCUCAGAACAUCCUCAUAUUGUCUCAUAAUGUAGAACUAUUUAAAAAUGAAAUCAAUCAAAUUAAAUAACAGGAUUUACAACACUUGCAAGAAUAGCAAGAAAUCAGAACCUUUUAAUAGUAAUUGAUGACUUCAAUUUAAGAAUAGAAACAACAAAAUAUAAAAUUGCAAGAUGAGUUAGACUUUUUAAAUAAGAAGUUGUCAAUCAUUCUUUUUAUAAUAUUUAUGUUUAUUUUACUAUUAGGAGUGGCGAUUAUUUUAUUUCUCAUGAACUGUUGUAAUUAAAAUAAAGAAUAAAAACUUGAAUAACCAAGAGCAUCUGCUAAAACCCACAGCAUAAUAGUCAAAUCCUAUCCUGAAUUAUUGACUCAUCAACUUAUUGAAAAUGAUGCUACCAGAAAACAUAUCUCUUAAGUAAAAACCUCAAAUGGGAAAACAAAAAAAUCAAAUUGA